AUGUCGAAGACGAUAUUGAUUACUGGCGCUGGUGGCUACCUGGGCAGUCUGCUUGCAAAUGCACUGGCUACCAGCGUAUCCGAGGUUCGCCUGAUCUUGGCCGACGUCACCCCGCCCGCUGCACCCAGCAAUGCGCAAGCCAUUGCGAUAAAGACGGACCUCACCAUACCUAAAGAGGCCCACACCUUAUUCCAGACCGAGUUCGGCGUGCCCGACACUAUAUAUUGUCUCCAUGGAAUCAUGUCGCGAGGCUCGGAGGACAACUUCGACUUUGGCUUAAAGGUCAAUGUGGACUCUGUUCGUUUUUUGCUCCAAGCCGCGCGGGAGCAUGGCUCUCGGGCUACGGCGCCGAUAAAGUUCAUUUUUGCGUCGUCCCUCGCGGUCUACGGUGGCUCACUGCCCGAAAUAAUAACACCUUCGACAAUAGCAACACCCCAAGGGGCAUACGGCAUGAGCAAGCUCGCGUCUGAAUUGUUCAUAAACGAAUUCUCACGACGCGGUUUUAUCGACGGUCGCAUUCUUCGACUUCCCACAAUCGUAGUGCGUGCUGGGGCCCCAGCGGCUGCCACGUCCGCGUUUAUGUCAAGCAUCAUCCGUGAACCUCUGAGAGGCUUGGAGAGUGUGUGCCCUAUCGGCAAUAGUCUGGACUCCCCCGAACUAGAUCUUUCCGUCUGGGUUGCCAGCCCUGAGACGACCAUAAAAAACCUAAUCAUCGCUAAAGACAUUCCCGCUGACAGAUUUGCCUCGCACAGUCGUGUCGUCUAUCUUCCUGGCUUCACUGCAACUAUACGCGAAGAACUCGAGGCCCUGGAGACAGUUGGUGGGAAGGAGGCCUUGGAUCUGGUCAAGUUCAAGGACGAUCCUGUUGAUCGACGCCUUGUCUUGUCGUGGCCAGCCCAUUUCGACCUCUCGUAUCCGCUCAGUCUCGGUUUUAUUCAGGAUGUAGGGGGUAUGCUCCCAAUCGUACAAAAGUUGAAGAAGGACAUGGAGCACAGCUAG